GGAUUUUCGUAAGUGAACAUUUAGCAACAUUUUGCGCUUUUCAAAUCCGCACGGCCAUGGCUGGAUCCAACUUUAAUACUAAGCAACUGUUUUUAACCGCGACUAAGAAGGUACAGCACACUCUUGUUCGCAAAGUUUACGCCUCAUUCGUGUUACAGCCCGUGUACCGAACAAGAUAACAGUUAUUCAUCAAAGCGCACUGGUCGAGAUCCGACCCCGAAUUAUAUGAGACAGGGUACCACAACUUGCCACCAGAAACCCUCGAUGGGCCCGCUUUGUUCCUGUCAGCCAGUUUCAAAGCGCGUGUGUCCUUGACUCCGCUCAACAGAAUGGACGAAGCGUCUAGACGCGCAACAAGAGCUUCCAUCACCACAGCUCCGACACAGCUACUGUACCAUGAUAUUGAGCGGACUUCUUACUUCGCCCUCAACAACCCUCAUAUAGACUUCGUUCAUUGUUUAUCGAAAAGAAACGGGCUAAUGAUCCUGCAAGCGUCACGAUAUAGGCCCUUUAGCAUGCGAUCUAUGUUGCAUGCUUUCAAGAUUGAAGGUCACCGCUCCAUCCGCUACGGUUAUGUCGUUCACACCAAACUUGGAGGGUAUGCCGUCGUGGACGAGGGUCAGCAGCCGGUGCUAAAAAGAAAAACUAUUAUGAAGUUAGUGGUGCAUGGAUCCGAUUCGACUAUGGGGAUUGGGAAGGACUUAAUGAUCCAGUCGUCGGGAUCAGCAGUGUGGCAAUCUACCGCAAACCUAGGCGGGAAAGUUUGCUUGUUACCGGAAGCUUCUUGUGGGUUGGUAGGGUCCUGGGAAGAUUUGUCACUCAUCUAUAGGUCUUGUGACUAUCGACAGAGAUUGGGUAGGAGCAAUAGCGGUAGCUGAACGCGUCAAGAUAUUGCUUUCCAUUAUGAGCGUUGCGAUGUAUUAUGCUUGCUGCGUUCAUCACAUCCUGGAGACACACGAAGGGACACUUGGUGGGAAGAGGGCGAUCUUGUCACGAAGACAAGAUGACAAUGUCUAG